UGACAUAUUAUUGAAAUGAGUGAACAUCGUAGAGGACGUGGUGGACGAGGAGGUAGAGGCGGUGGUGGUGGACGUCCACCACCCUGGUUAAAAGGUAAAGAUAUUGGUUUAUUUUACCGCGAUAGGCAGCGACAACGCAAUACUGAGGAAGAAAGCAAUGGUCGCAUUAAACUUAACCCUUCUGUGGACAUUCCAUCCGGUGUACUGACGCAAGUGGAAAGUUGUUUGCAUGAAUUCGAAGGCGACCACGAAGAUGAACGUGUUUGUGAUGAAUUUGCACAACAUUUCCGUAGCUUGCUUAAUGUCAAUUUCGAGGAAUUUCUUGAGAAAUCAAAGAGUACGGUUAGAAACACACUCGAUCACAUUAAUUUAGAGGCAAGCAAUGAGCGUUUAAAAUCAACUCUAUUGGAUAAAGAAGAGUCCUUUGAAUAUCGUAAACGUUUCGAUAUGCGUCGACGUUUGCCCGCCAUGAAGCAGAAAGAUGACAUUUUAAAGGCCAUAGAAGAAAAUCAAAUUGUUCUUGUAGUGGGUAGUACUGGAUGCGGCAAGACUACACAAGUGCCUCAAAUACUGCUAGAUGAAUUUACAAAUCGAGGUCGUGGGGCUGAGUGUCGCAUAGUGUGUACGCAACCUAGAAGAAUAUCGGCGAUUUCAGUGGCAGAACGUGUGGCUUAUGAGCGAGACGAGUCAUUGGGUUCUUCAGUGGGAUAUCAGAUACGUUUGGAAAAUCGCUUGCCUCGAGAUUAUGGCUCAAUUUUAUAUUGUACCACUGGCAUCUUAUUGCAAAAAAUGCAAACAAAUCCUUUAAUGAUUAGUAUUAACAUCAUAGUAUUGGAUGAAAUUCAUGAACGUAGUGUGGAAACAGAUCUUUUGAUGGCUUUACUUAAAAAGAUUCUACCUCAUCGCCCCGAUCUUAAAGUGAUACUAAUGAGUGCCACCGUUUCGGAGGAAACAUUCUGUGAAUAUUUCAACAAUUGCUUUACACUACAUAUUGAGGGCACUCUAUUUCCCGUUGAAGUUCUCUACCUUGAGGAUAUUUUGCAGGAAACCGGUUUUACUGGAUUUCAAAAACCAGCACAUGCUCAAAACUCUCAUGGUCGCGGAGGACGUAAACGUGAUGGUGGAGAUGCUGAACGCAACAAUCAAUAUUCUCAAAUGAUAUCAACUUACUUGCCGUCAUUACAAGGCAAAUACAGUCGCCAAGUAGUCGAUACUAUACGACAAUACAAAGAUACUGAGGGUUGCGAGAAUUUAAUAUUUUUGGAGCAUUUAAUUUUCCAUAUUUGUGAAACAAAGCCGCCGGGAGCAAUUUUAGUAUUUUUACCAGGUUUCGAAAGAAUCUCCAAAUUGACUACACAAUUGCAAAAACCCUCAUCAGCCAGGUAUAGAGAAUUGUCGCAAAAGAUACAAGUAUAUCCGCUGCACUCAAUGAUGCCCACAGUAAAUCAAAAGAACAUAUUUAAGCCAGCCCCCCAAGGCAUGCGUAAAGUUAUAUUAUCAACUAUUUUGGCGGAGACCUCAGUAACAAUAGAUGAUGUGGUUUAUGUUAUAAAUACGGGUAAAACUAAAAACAAAGAUUAUGAUGUGUCACAAAAUCUGCAAACAUUAGAGGAACAGUGGGUUAGUAAAGCCAAUACGCAACAGCGUAAAGGUCGUGCUGGCAGAGUACAGCCGGGUAUAUGUUAUAAUUUAUUUACCAGAAUGCGCGAACGCCUUAUGUUUGAAGUGCCUAUACCGGAAAUAUUACGCAGUAAAUUGGAAUCUAUUAUUUUGAAUUUAAAACUUUUGCACAUAUCCAAUCCUUAUGAAUUUUUAAAGACUCUUAUAAGUGUGCCACAGGAGAAAGCCAUCAGUCAUGGUUUAACUUUAUUAAAACGCAUUGAAGCCUUGGAUGAUAAUGAUAACUUGACUCCUUUGGGCUUGCAUUUAGCACGCUUACCCAUUGAUCCCCAAAUGGCUAAAAUGAUUUUAAUGUCUGCCCUCUUUCGCUGUCUCGAUCCUAUAACAUCGGCUGCAGCUGGUUUGUCUUACAAAAGUCCCUUCUAUACGCCCAUGGGUUUGGAAAAAAAGGUGGACGCCAUUAAGCGUGAAUUGUCGGACAAUUCAAAAAGUGAUCAUUUAUUAAUACACAGUGUUAUCGAGGGCUAUCGUGAUGCCAAAGACAAUGAUUGUAAUAUGAACUAUUGCUAUGAGAAUUUUCUUAGCCACACCACUUUGACACAAAUUGAAAAUAUGAAAAGACAAUUUGCAGAUUUAUUGAAGAAUUCAAGUUUUUUGGAAACUUCCAAUUGUUGUGGCAAAAGUUCAAAUGUUAAUUCGUCGAAUGUGCCCUUGUUGAGGGCCAUUAUUGCUGCCGGUCUUUAUCCAAAUAUAGCAUUUUUAAGGCAAGUAAAACAAAGAGGUAAUAGAUGUCACGCUGUUCAUAAAAUGUCUACUCCUGAAGAUAAUCGUGUAAAUUUCCAUCCUUCCUCCAUUAACAGUGGCCAAACUUCUUUUGAUUCUAACUACUUUGUUUAUUUGCAAAAACAAAAAUCCAAAAGUGUGUAUUUAUUAGAUGCCACCAUGGUUUUUCCCAUGGCUUUGUUAAUAUUUGGAGAUGGUGUGAAAAAGGGCAUAACUUCUGAUAACCAACAUUACAUAAGUGUGGCGAAUAAAUAUUUCUUUAAAUGUAAUGAAAAAUCCUCAUUGUUUAUAUUGAGUUUGCGUGAAAAACUUGGUAUAUUGCUGCAGAAGAAGGCUUUGUAUCCCUCGCCCAUCGAAAUCAACAGCAAGGAUGAGAAGCUUAUAAAGGCUAUACAAAUUUUGCUCUCUUUGGAUGAUGCAGGCGAUCACAUGGAUCAGUUUCUAUCCACAGAUGAUGAAGACGAUGCUACAACACCUUGACAAAGAUUUAUAUCCACUAUCUAAUUACAAAUAUUAAAAGAAGAUUCUAUAAAACAUAAUAAGAAAUACUGGAAUAAAUGUGCAUGUUGUGUUAAA